UCACCGCAACGGAAGAGGUGAAGGAUUCAUGUCGCCACGUGGAAGAAGCGUAACCGUGCCCCUGCUUCCGAAACUACCCUUCUAUUAUGACUAGAGAUCCCCUUGAGUGUUGGGACCGUCGGAGGAAUUUUUUAUAUUGUUAGGGGGUUUAUGGUAACUUUGUGUCUCCGAGGGUUCAGGGCUUAAGACCGCCGCCGGUUGGAGCAACGUGGUUCGUUUUCCUUCGAGCGACUGUGGCAUUCAGCACGGGAACUCCGUUUCCCCGAUCUCGCAGGUCGUAUUGGAGGAGGGAGACGUGACGCCGCGGAGGUGGAGUGGGAGGGCCAGGAGUAGCGAUGGGCGCAGGUGAAGCUGGGAAGGGCAACGGAUGGUGGAAGGGGAUGCGGGUCUUCUCGCCGGAGUACUAUGCUGUGUGCGCCGUCGGUGGGAUGCUCAGCGCCGGCACAACCCACCUCGCCAUCACCCCCCUCGAUGUUUUGAAGGUCAACAUGCAGGUGAACCCCCUUAAAUACAACAGCAUCUUUUCGGGUUUGCAUAUCCUUGUCAAAGAACAAGGGCCGUCUUCCCUUUGGAGAGGCUGGGCUGGCAAACUGUUUGGAUAUGGUGCUCAAGGCGGCUGCAAGUUUGGGCUCUAUGAGUAUUUCAAAAAGAUGUAUUCUGAUGUAUUGACAGGAUAUAAUAGGAGCACAAUCUUCUUUGCAAGCAGUGCAUCUGCACAAGUAAUAGCAGAUGUUGCCCUUUGCCCAUUUGAGGCUGUGAAAGUUCGUGUUCAAACACAACCCAAUUUUGCUAAGGGCUUGAUUGAUGGCUUCCCAAAGUUAUAUGCAUCUGAAGGCCUGUCUGGCUUCUACAAGGGACUUUUACCACUCUGGGGCCGGAAUCUACCAUUUUCUAUUCUCAUGUUCUCCACAUUUGAGCAUACUGUGGAUAUACUAUACCAUAAUGUUAUCCAAAAGAAAAAGGAGGACUGUUCAAGAGCUCAACAACUUGGGGUGACUUGUAUAGCUGGUUAUGCAUCCGGAGCUAUCGGUACUGUUGUGUCAAAUCCUGCAGAUAAUAUUGUUUCUUCACUUUACAAUAAAAAAGCUGACAAUAUCUUGCAGGCUGCGAAGAACAUAGGAUUUCCCAAUUUGUUUACAAGAAGCCUUCCUGUUCGAUUUACACUUGUUGGACCUGUUAUAACCUUGCAGUGGUUCUUCUAUGAUACUAUUAAAGUGUUAACUGGAUUGCCGACAAGUGGUGGUAUUGCCCGUGAUUUUGAUGAAGUUAAUAGCAUAACCUGAUGAGAUGCUUGGAAUUGAUGCUGAUAGAUUGUGCAGUGAAUGAGAAAUGAUUGACAUUCUACCAUACUCCUGUAUGGUACGGGAGAUGGCUUCUACCUUCUUAAUGGCUAUGACCAACACCUUCUAAUUCCAGCAAAGCUGAUUUUUUCUUGGAGUAAAAGGUUCUGCAACUAAGCGAAAAAAUCAAGGCAACACAUUUCUCUUUGCAGUAUGAACGAUUUGUGCUUUGGACAGAAUUUUUUUAUGAGUUGUUUUUUAUUGACUAGCGCACUCCACACUUCUUUACACAGAAUAAUGUCAUGUACUAAUGAUGAUAGUAUUUUCUACAAGUUUUCGCUAUACACAUGUACACACUUCUUUGGUAAAGUAUAUCAUAAUUCGAAAUGUUACCAUGCUUUAAAAUUGUCCUACA